UUUCGCCACUGCCUUCCGCGGCUGUGGCUCGGCGGAUCUCGUUGUCUUUGGGGGUCUCCCGCACCGGAGCCGGGCGGAUGCCGCCGCAGCAAGAAGGAGAAACCGGCUACAUCAGCAAGCCGCUGCCGGGCGGCUGCGAAGUGCCUCCGGUGCCCCCGCGUCGGGUCCGCAGUAGCCGAGCGGCGGCGUUGGGGGCUGCCUUGGGUAGCCGCUGCCGGGCUGGAGCCAGCGGAGGGGCCGGAGCGAUCGGAGCGGAGCCCCGGCGCAGCAUCAAGUGUGUGCUGGUGGGAGACGGCGCGGUGGGUAAAACCAGCCUGGUGGUGAGUUACACCACCAACGGCUAUCCUACGGAGUACAUCCCUACCGCCUUCGACAAUUUCUCAGGAUGAAUUUGACAAGCUCCGCCCACUGUGCUACACCAACACAGACAUCUUUUUGUUGUGCUUCAGUGUUGUGAGCCCUUCAUCUUUCCAGAAUGUGACUGAGAAAUGGGUACCUGAAAUCCGAUGUCAUUGCCCCAAGGCUCCUAUUAUUCUCGUCGGGACCCAAUCGGACCUCCGAGAAGAUGUCAAAGUACUCAUUGAGCUUGACAAAUGCAAAGAGAAGCCUGUGGUGGAGGAGACCGCAAGGCUCUGUGCUGAGGAAAUAAAAGCCGCCUCUUACAUCGAAUGCUCAGCUUUGACUCAGAAAAACCUCAAAGAAGUCUUCGAUGCAGCCAUUGUGGCUGGCAUUCACUACUCAGAUACUCAGCAACAGCCAAAGAAAUCCAAAAACAGGACUCCAGACAAGAUGAAAAACCUCUCCAAGUCCUGGUGGAAAAAAUAUUGUUGUUUUGUAUAGGGUGGUGGGUUUUUUUAUACAAAGGCCUUGGAAAUGGUGGUUUAAUCACCAAGGGUGGUUUGAGGUGACUUUGGCUGAGAAUCUCUCUCUACUCCAGAGUGCACAGUUAAGAUCCACCCCUGAACAUGCUGCUAAAAUUAUCUCUUCCCAAUGGAGAUGUGGAAGAACGUGAGCUGGGAAGCUGAGGUGGACCAAACUGAGGGUUUUCCCACUAGUGGUAGUUUCUUUGUUGAUGACUGCUGGCCUACACUUUGAUGGAACUGAAAGUUGAACCAUGAAUUCACUGUAUACAGGUGUAGGAAGAGCUAGAACCAGGAGUGAAAUUCAGCAGGUUCUGGAGAACCGGUGAUGGGAAUUUUGAGUAGUUUGGAGAACCGGCAAAUACCA